UCUUGUUAUUGGUGUAAUAGAGUGGUAAAAAAGAAAUAGUUCCCUUCGUGAGACGUCAAAGCAGCAGCUCAACAAUGCGAAUGUUCGUUCUUCCUUGUCUCGCCGUGUGCGUGGCAAUGGCCCAUUGCGCCGCCAUAGAGGAUCCUAAGGCUGCCGCCCCCGCCGAUGAUAAGACUGUGGAGAAACGCGGUCUGCAUCUGGGCGAUUACGGCGGUCAUGAUCAUCAUUAUCAUCAUCAUGAACACAUUAAGACGGUGACCAUCGAGAAAAAGGUGCCAGUACCGUACACAGUGACAAAGCACGUACCUUACACCGUGGAGAAAAAGAUCCCUUAUGAAGUGAAGGUUGAGGUUCCCCAACCUUACAUUGUGGAAAAGAAAGUACCCGUGCAUGUCAAGGAAUACGUCAAGGUGCCCGUCCAUGUUCCCCAGCCCUACGAAGUCAUCAAGAAAAUUCCAAUUGAGGUCAAGGUUCCCGUCGACAAGCCGUACGAAGUGAAAGUCCCCGUGCCUCAGCCCUACACCGUUAUCAAGAAAAUCCCCUAUGAGGUGAAGGUGCCUGUUCCACAGCCGUACGUCGUUGAAAAGAAAGUUCCUUAUGAAGUUAAGAUCGAGGUACCAGUCCCAAGACCCAUAGAAGUUAUCAAAAAGGUUCCGGUCGAAGAGAAAUAUGAGGUCGAGAAACCAUACAAGGUUGAGGUGGAGAAGCCCUAUGACGUUGAGGUAGAAAAACCCUAUCCAGUUGUUGUUGAAAAGAAGGUUCCAUACGAGGUCAAGGUACCCGUGGACAAGCCUUACAAAGUAGAAGUCGAGAAACCAUAUCCCGUCCAUAUCAAGGUGCCCGUACCUCAGCCGUACACCGUUGAGAAGAAAAUUCCUUACACCGUUGAGAUUCCUGUACCAUAUGAGGUAAAGGUUCCAAUUGAGAAAAAAAUUCCCGUCUAUUCGGAAGUCAAAUUCCCCGUACACAAGGAAACACCGGUGCCACACAAAUACCAUGUUGAGGUGCCAAUUUUCAAGCAUCACCAUCAUGAGGAGCAUCAUGGAGGAUAUGGUCAUCACUAUUAGGAAAUGGACGAGCCGUUGAAGAUGUCGAAACAGAAAGUCGCACAGAAAGCGAGUACAAGGAGGAACAACAUAAAGAACGAGCAAAUCAAGACACUAACAACAAGUCUUAAUUCACCAAGCAACGUUGAGCUGGACGUUGAACCAGGGAGACACGAAGCGGAUGAGGAGGAGAAGGAGGAGAAGAAGAUGCCAGAGCAGAAGGCGGAUGAGGAGAAGAUGUUAAUGUUAGAAGUAGCCAGUGAGAGGACAAAACGAACUAGCUACUUCAAAGGAAAGAAGAAAAAACAUGAAGAUCUUGUAGUUAAGUUUUAAGCCAAAUGUGUUAAUACUUUUAUUAUUGUUUUAGUUUAUACGAAUUUUCCAUUAUUUAAAUUAUAAGCUAAAGAAACCUGAAA